GAGGCAAGAACACUACCAGUUAAUGGUUUUCUUGAGACUGAAGCAGAGAAUCAUUGGAAUGCUACAACCAAGUCAUCUAAGAAGAAGAAAGCAUACAAAAAGAGAAAGGUUCAGUUUGAGUCCGAAGGAAUAACUAUGGGAAAAUACAGCUGCCAGCAGAUGAUAAGCUCAAGAGCAAACAAGCUAUAUGGUUGUUCUGUUUCUCAGCGGGACAUUCAUGGGAUGGAAGUAAGCUCUAGAGCCUCAACUCUUGAUGGUUACUAUGGUGCUGAACAGAAUAUUCAAGGAAUGGGACAGUUGAACUCAAUCCCUCCAUUCCGUGGUGGUUAUUAUAACAAUCAACAAAACUUAUCAGGGCUGGGACAGCUACAUUCACUAGCAGCCCUUGAUAAUCACUAUGGAAACCAACAGAGUAUGCAGGCACUGGCUCAUCUUCCCUUUAGAGCCCCGACCAUGCAGGGUUUUGACAUUCAAGAAGGUUUGCAAGACGAGGAACGGUCCCUGGACUCAACUCAUUUUCAUGGCAUUGCAUCAAAACAUCUUCAUGAUAAGCUCCUAUAGUAGUCGCAAUAGUAGCAUUUCUGUACAUUUAUACGAAGAAGUCGAUGUAAACAAUUUUCAACACAUCAUUGGAUCAGUAGGAUAAGAGUUUAUUCCUUUAGGGUUGCCAACAUCUACAG